UCUUUAAACAAACUUUCCGUGGGACUGCCUGCCUUCCUCUCGCUGCUGUGUUGGAAGCUGACAAAAGGGCUUUGGAAGGCGCCUUCCUUUCUACCUUCAGUGGAGGUUCAUCGGUCCAGCCGCCACCAUGUCCAGCAAACGAGCAAAAGGGAAGACCACCAAGAAGCGCCCGCAGAGGGCCACUUCCAACGUCUUCGCCAUGUUCGACCAGUCUCAGAUCCAGGAGUUCAAAGAGGCCUUCAACAUGAUCGACCAGAACCGGGACGGCUUCAUCGACAAGGAAGACCUGCACGACAUGCUGGCCUCUCUGGGUAAGAACCCUUCCGACGAGUACCUGGAGGGCAUGAUGAGCGAAGCGCCUGGUCCCAUCAACUUCACCAUGUUCCUCACCAUGUUCGGAGAGAGGCUGAACGGAACCGACCCGGAGGACGUCAUUCGCAACGCCUUCGCCUGCUUUGAUGAGGAAGGAUCGGGUGUGAUCCAUGAGGACCACCUGAGGGAGCUCCUCACCACCAUGGGCGAUCGCUUCACAGAUGAAGAAGUGGACGAGCUCUUCCGUGAAGCUCCCAUCGAUAAGAAAGGCAACUUCAACUACGCAGAGUUCACCCGCAUCCUCAAGCACGGCGCCAAAGACAAAGACGACGAAUAGAACCUCAGUCCUGCCAAGCCAGCCCCGCUCCUCUCUGAAAGCCAGUGCAGGAAGUGAUGUGUGAUGCUUGUUCGGUCCUGGAAGUCAGGGGUUUGGGAUGGUGAAAGAUUCACUCCAGUCUUCUCUCACGCACUUUUCAACUUGCUUCUUCAGGGAGGGCCGUGUGAAGUGUGUAUCAGAAGUGGCAGCUCUCGACCACACGACAGCGGGAAGUUUAAAUCCAGGCUUGUCGACAAUCACACCAUUUAAUUCUUUGAGAUUUUGGAAGCUUAAAACUAAAUUACGCUCUGAACAGUUGGUCAUAGGAUUUUGCAAAAGGCUCGUGAAGGUUGAUGUGUUGGGCUGUUUGUUAUAUAAAUGAUAUCGCAGCUUAUUUGUUCGUUUGGCCGUUUCCUGCAAAGCCAUGAUACUAUUUUUACUUUUCCAAAUAAACAAAUAUGUUUGAGUCCGUGAA